AUGCCAUCCGACCAGAGCACCUGGCUCGUUGCCGCGCCCGAAACCGGCGACACCGAAGGCCUUUUUGAUGAGCUCACGACCAAACUCAGCGGCAGCUCAAAGGCCGUUCUCCCGCUUAACAUCUCACAGCUUGCCAUUCCAUCCUUCAAGACAGGUACACUGGAAUCGCUGGUCACAAUCUCCGAGGGGCUCCCCAAGCAGGAUGCCUUCUUUACAGCCACCGUCGCUAAGACAGUAGACACCCUCCGCAAUCUCUUGAACAACGACUCCUCGAAAAUGUCUCAACACAUUCUGGUCAAUGAGCAGCCGGUGGAUACGUAUCUUUUCAAGGGUUGGUCAUGGAAUGAGGGCCGGUAUGGUGUGCACCGGGGUGUUCGGGAGAUGCUUGAGGUCCUGAACAAGGAGAUGAUGUCAAUCGACAAUGUCAUGAAGCAGAAACUGAACAGCUACAACCUCGCCAAGGGCUCGUUAACACAGAUGCAGCGGAAGAGGACCGGUAACUUGUCCGUACGAUCAUUGGUGGAUGUCGUCAAGGCCGAGCAUUUCAUCAGCGACUCGGAGUACCUUCAGACAGUAAUUGUCGCCGUUCCAAAGAACAACGUGAAGGAUUGGAACUCUAAGUACGAGCGGUUGACGCCAAUGGUUGUACCACGGUCUUCGACGCUCAUCGCAUCAGACGACGAGUACAACUUGUACGCGGUGGUGGUGUUUAAGCGUGUGCACGACGACUUUGUGCAAAAGUGCCGCGAAGACAAGUUUAUGGUACGCGAUUUCGAGUUCUCGGAAGACGCCAUGGCGAGGCAGAGAGAAGAGCUUCAACAAGCGGAUCUUACAGAGAAGGAACUCUGGACCGAACUUCUGCAAGUCUCGCGAACAAACUUUUCAGAGGCGUUCCAGAUCCUCGCGCACCUGAAGGUGCUUGAGCUGUUCAUCGAGAGCGUCCUGCGAUACGGUCUCCCGGCCCACUACGUUGGCUUCCUCAUCAAGCCCGAGUCGAAGAUGACGAAACGCACGUUGUCCACGCUCCAGUCGCAGUUCGCUUACCUCGGGCGGCGUUCCGGCACGGCGAAGGGCUCCGCGAGCGGCGCUGGCGCGACGGAAGACUUCGGGGGAGAGUACGCGACGCUGCUCGAGCAGGAGUACUUUGACUUCGUUCUCUUCGAGAUCCCCUGGAUUGUGCUCUGA